CCCUGCAGUACCUCCACGGACCCCCUAGGGAUCGUGGACCCCCUGUUGAAGACCUACAGUUUUUUUUUUUUUUCCAUUUUUUCCCCUUUUUUCACUUUUAUUCAUUUUUUUGUCAGGCUGUAACGAUAUGACACUUGAACAAUUUCUCUAAUAGUACGUAUUUAUGUUUCAUCGAUUUUCCUACGGUCAUCAUUCAGUAAAGUGGGUUCUUUUUUAUUAUUAUUAUUAUUGACCGCACUUUGUAUUGAAUGAUGCCGCCACUUCUUACGGUUUUGCAUAAAAUCAAUCGUAAGCAGGUUUAUUUAUGGAUCCAGAAUCCUCUGUUGAUGUUCAGAUCAUACUUGAGGUCCUGGGUGAUGAAGGAAGCGGGAGGAAUCCGCAGUGUUAACUAGGAGUUCAUGUCCACUCUCCUCUAGACAUUUAGUUGUAGCCCAUAUCAGUGCAGCAGACCUGUACAGCAUGUGCAAACUACAGUCAGCUGUAGGGGUGUUGUAGAAAAUAUAUGUGUACAUGGCCGGUCAUCGGUCCAGUUAAUGUUAUAUGAGUACAAGUGGUUUGCUUAAAUGCUAAGAGAUAGAAGAACAGAGCUAAAAAACAAAUAUCAGGAGCAGAAAAAACUAAAAUAAAAGGGAACUAAAAAACAAAACGUGAUGUACAAAUCUGAAUGGAAUCCCCAUUUUUUUCUACCCAUAUUUGGUCAUUAAUACUUGUUUAUAUUGCAGUUAAGUAAGGAUGCAUAUUAUAUGAUGUAUUAUAAAUAGUAUAAAAAUGAUUACAACAUUGAAGGUGACAUUAACACUCAUUUUCUUUCCUCCUUCCUUUGGAAGAACAUGUAUUCACAUUUUUUACAGGAUAUCAAACCAUGGUAAUCCACUCGCUAUCAUUAGCGCUGUCCCCCUGUCUCACAAUUUCCAGGACAUGUACAUGGAGUCGACCUAAUGUGCCUUCAAUUUAGUAUCAUGGGUAGCCAUCAGUUCAUGCUCCAAUUAACGUACUGUAUUUGAAAAAAGAUAAUGUGAAAUAAUUGCUUUUCCCAUGACCCUUGUAGACUCUGGCAUCAAUAUCAAAUACUGUGGAGCACAGUGUUAAAUUCAGUCUUUGCAAUAAUUAUCAAAAUAAUCUGCUAAUUGUGAGCCUCAAACCCAGUGUCAGAGACCAGGGCAGUCGCACUCAUUUGACUUUUUUUGUUUGUCUUGGUGUUCACAGGCUAUUGUUGGGCUAUUUUUUUUUUUUUUUAUUGAUUAACACAUUUCGUUUUUUGCCUUUCAAUACAGCACAACACCUCAACCAUCCAACUAUCAUACAGCAGCACGUCGUUUAAACAAGUUCACUGAUGGAAAGGCGUCUUUCACCCACUGUACAGCAGCACGUUUGUGCGUUCCCAUCUAAACUCUGAUCUCAGCAGGUUUGUGUAGAAAGCGAGAGGAUAUGCUGCACGUACCUUAACACUACAGGUGAGUUGAAGAGACAAUACCAAAUAAAAGGGUUCAGAGCGAAUCACCAGACAGACAUGAAUACUUCAGUAAAGCUCUCUCUUUCUCUUUCUUGAUUAAAUCUUCCAUUUUAUUUAUUUAUCAAAUACAUUUUUUUGUUUUAAGAUCUUCCCCAUCUGAAUAUUAUUUAAAUAAAUUAUAACCAUGUUAAACCGUUUACUACUCAUAAACUCAUACACAUUCACCCUUUUUUGCUUUGUUUUAAUUUCCACACAAGAGAACUGCACAGUACAGCCUAAAAUUUAAUGACAGACUUAAUCUGUUUCACACAUAACCCAUUUCAAUGUGAUGGCAUUUAAAUUGGCUGAGUUCCUAUUUGUAACGAGCCCUAUUCUCGUUCCCCCUGUGAGAUCAUUACAUGCAGUGAGUCAGUACUGUGCUACUUCUCCCCUGGCAGGCAGAGUAGAACUUGGAAUAGGGCGCUAGAGCGGCGCAGAUAAAGGAACACACACCGGACAGCCGAGCAGUGAGAGAGGACAUGUAGCCCGGCUCUUGCCAGAGCACCGUCACAGUGGCUAACCACUGAGUCUCUGUAAUGCAGCAGAAGGGGUGAUCCAAUCAAUCAGAGGCGUCAUGGCUGUUGGACUGAGGUCAGUGUUUUUGCUGCUGAUGCUUCUCUGUUGUUGGCAACUUACCAACCAAGAAGGAAAAAAAGGAAAGAAAGGAAAGAAAGUCGUCUGCCCAGCCCAGUUGUCACCAGAGGAUUUGGCCCAAGUUCCAGCCAACUCUACUUCCAACAUUUUGAACCGUCUGAUGGUCAGUUAUGACCCAAGAAUAAGGCCUAACUUUCAAGGUAUUCCAGUUGAGUCCAGGGUGAACAUCUUCAUUAACAGCUUUGGAUCCAUCCAGGAGACGACUAUGGACUACAGGGUGAAUAUAUUUCUACGGCAGAGAUGGAAUGACCCUCGCCUACGACUUCCCACUGACUUCAAGAGUGACGCACUAACCGUCGACCCCAAGAUGUUUCAGUGUUUAUGGAAACCAGACCUUUUCUUUGCCAAUGAGAAAAAUGCAAACUUUCACGACGUCACACAAGACAACAUUCUGCUAUUCAUUUUUAGGAACGGGGAUGUUUUGAUCAGCAUGAGGCUGUCGGUGACGCUGUCUUGCCCCCUGGAUCUGACACUGUUCCCAAUGGACACACAGCUGUGUAAGAUGCAGCUGGAGAGUUUUGGCUACACCACCAGUGACCUCGUGUUCAUGUGGCAGUCUGACCCCGUCCAGAUGGAUGAGAUUGCUCUCCCACAGUUUGACAUCAAACAAGAGGACAUCAAAUAUGGAAACUGCACAAAGUACUACCAGGGCACAGGAUAUUACACCUGCGUUGAGGUGAUUUUCACACUGCGUCGGCAGGUGGGUUUUUACCUGAUGGGAGUUUAUGCUCCCACUCUGUUGAUCGUCGUUUUGUCCUGGUUGUCGUUCUGGAUCAACCCUGACGCCUCAGCAGCAAGGGUGCCGUUAGGUAUUUUAUCGGUACUCUCCCUGUCCAGUGAGAGCAUGCUCUUGGCUUCAGAGUUGCCAAAGGUCUCCUACGUAAAGGCCAUCGACAUCUGGCUCAUUGCCUGUCUGCUGUUUGGGUUUUUUUCCCUGGUGGAGUACGCAGUGGUUCAGGUGAUGCUGAACAGCCCCAGACGGAUAGAGGAGGAGAAGGUCAAAAUGGCCACAAAGGAGAAAGCUCUGCAAGAAAAAGAAGGAAAGAAGCAGGCGGACAAAACUAACAACACCGUCAAUGGGACUGGUGGAACGCCCAUGCAUGUCAACACGCUGCAGGUGGUUGAAACACGCUGUAAGAAAGUUUGCACCUCCAAAUCCGACCUCCGUUCCAACGACUUCAGCAUCGUGGGAUCUUUACCUCGAGACUUUGAACUUUCCAACUUUGACUGUUACGGUAAACCGGUCGAAGUUUCAGGGGGUUCCAAGUCACAGAACAAAGCCAACAAGAAACCCCCUCCUGCCAAACCCGUCAUACCUGCCGCUGCUAAACGCAUCGAUCUCUAUGCAAGGGCUCUCUUCCCCUUCUCCUUCCUCUUCUUCAAUGUCGUCUACUGGUCAGUGUAUCUGUGAGGCUGAUGCUGAAGCUGAUGCUGAAAUUAAACUGGACUGACGCGAUCAUAUACUGAACUCUGUGCCAGUAAUACCACAACAUUUCAGAGCCAUGUACACAAUCUACAAAGACAUGCCUGUGGUCCCUGGAAGAACUGCCAAACGUGUUAUUAUAUUAUUAUUAUUAUUAUUAUUAUUAUUAGAGCCAUACGUGAACCCUACAAGAAGCAAGUCAUUUUGUGUGAUUUUCCCCACUUGCAACUUUAAAGAAGUCGUCCUAGAAAGCAACCAGAGCUACCUCAAAUUUGGUCACCGAAAUUUUGGCAAAAUUAUUAAACUCUCAAAUUCAUGUACCGGGGUUGGCAUGGCAUGAUGUUAUUCUACUACCAUACCACCUUGCUGCAGAUUAAAAUAUAUAUAUGGUGCUUCCACUUCCUACACACAAUGUCCACCAACAUGGCAGACUAUAGUUAGGGUAGGGUCUGACGCUACAUGUGGACACAGGAAGCCGGCAGACACCUACUUAACUUAAAAGAUAGUUUGUGGCACACAUCUACUGUACGUGCACAAACUGAAGAUGAGAUGAGAAGUUACAGCAGAUGAGUGAUUCCACCUUUGUUGCCAAGUAAGACAUGAUCUUAACCCGCAUACGGUCUUGUUUGGAUACUGGCAUCUAAUCAUACACUUUAAUUUAGUGUCAUUCAAUACACCUUUAUUUAUAUUGUGUAAAUCAUAACAUGAGCUUAGUGAAAUCAAGACCAUGUAGUGUUUUAGAGAACCCCCCUCCCUUUUCCCUCUUAAGUAAGCACUUAAAAGAGAAUAACCUCCCUUUUAAAAGGAAGGAGCCUUGGACGGGGUGGAAAGUUAAAGAAAGCAACAGCGGUAUAUAUAAAUGCAUGGAGAGUGAAUGAAUGUAGAGGAAGUCAGUGCAUCAUAGAAGCUGCCUCGGUAACCUAGGUCUGUAUCGGAAUAACUUAGAGACGGUUCAGUGAGCGUCUUCCUCCUGAACACAAACUGGAACAUUGAUGGAAUUUAUCUGAACAUACUUUUUCAAACUAAAUCUUGCGCUAAUCCCCGUGAAAUGUUCCUGUAUCUGUAAAGCCACGGUGUUUUCAGUGCAGCACUAAGAUCCAUCCGGACUGAGGUGAUGAAUAGAUGAGUUCACUGACCGUUGCAAACUCUCAAACUUUUGUUUCUGAGCCAUGAUUAACUGACUGAAAAUAUCCAAACACGCAGUACCUGUGAAAAUAGUCCCAUAAAUGGUUAAACCCAGUUGUGUUGUGUGCACACACGUAUUACAGAGUAUAAGGCUUCUCCUACUUUCACUAUUCCUGUGUUAUUGGUAUGUUAAAAGGGUUAACGCUAUGUUAAUUAUAUCUUUCCUGUCAAACUGAACUGAACGGAUUAUUCCAUUCAACAUACUGAAUCGAGGUGUUUCCCCAUGCAUGUAUUUUCCUGAUCAAGGUAGAUAUAUCCAGGCGCAGAUUUCAUGUAAAUACCAAAUCAAAACUGGAUCUGAGGUUAUAGCUUUUAGAAUAGCAUCAGCUCUAAUGAAGAGUUUAAAAGAGUAUAAAAUACACGAGGAUAAAUAUGCAUGAUUUAAACAAUAUCUCCUCAAAGACAUUCUUAGCAUUGCACAUGAUCAUGAAAUAAUAAUAAUAAUAAGGUCAUGUGAAUAAUAUAGCCUGUAGCUGCUAUGCUCUGCUUUCUGGCCACAUAUGAACUGCAUUAGAGACAUUGGAGAAGGACCCUUCAUGUAGUUCAGUCAAGGUUUCUUCUGGCAGCUUUUCCACCAGCCAUAAUAAACCAAACAGCCUGUUAGCUGUAAGAACCCAGGACUGAUGCCUGAUGGCUGAAAACCAAUCAAAAAGCUUUUUUCUCUCUCUUUGUUUAACAUUAAGCAGCGGUUUAAUAUAACCAUUACUUUUGAGGUUAUGAUUUUAGUAGUUAGACUCAUCAUUCAAUAUUGGUUGGUUAUGAUUUAGUCCACAAGUCUCCAAACAUUUAAAUGUGUUAUCGUAUUUUACACAAACAUUGUCCUCUCACUAUGGCCAUGCUCAGUCAGUUCAGUGUGCAAACACUAAAUGCUGAAGCCCCUUUGAAACGUGUCGGUGCACCUGCUAGAAAACCUCCGAUCUUGCAUUAGACUGUUUAAAGCUUCAGCUGAGACUGACUGGCUGCUUGCUGCUUAACUGUGUAAGCUAUGCUGUAAAGCGUCAUGAGACUAUUUGGAUUGUUACUGAAGCUGUAUAUAUAAAAUUGAUAUAAAAUAUAAUUGAAUAUACAUUUUCUUCAAAAAUAAUGCAAUGUACAGCAUUUAAUGUAAUAACAAGAACUCAUUAUUUUCAUGAAAAUUCAAUAAAAGUUUAUUUUCCCCUGGA